AACUUGUUUCGGUUUAUUCGCGGUGCUUUAUGCUCUAUAUAUUUGCAUAUAUUAUAUAUACACAUUCUCGCCGGUUGGCGCAUGGUUGAUUUUAAAUUUUUGUUUCAAAGUCGUGCUUGAAAUAACCAAAAACAAAAUAAAAAUGAGUACUUUAUUAAAUCCAAAUUUGAAUGCUGAUGUUUAUAGAAAUAUGACAGCAGCCGACAGACCACCUGUUCCUGAUAAGCACCUACAAUUUAUUUUGAUUUAUAAUGAAAAAAUCGCUAUUCUUGGUGGUAGUAAUAUGACAGAUCGUUAUUGGAGUGGUACUGUUUGGUACUAUAACGACAUUUCAAAUUUCGAUAGAGAUAAAGCUUUUGUUGCUACUAAAACAGAAAGUGGUGUUUGCGAUGCUGUAUGUAUAGACCAUGACAAAUUUGUAGUUACAGAAGAUAGUGGAGUUUUACAAAUUUUGAAUUUCUGUCAAGCACCUGGUUCACCUUUAUAUGAAUUACAAUGCGCAGGAUAUGCUUGUCUACAUGAUAGUAGUAUUUUAACAGUUUCCACAUUUUCUGAUGAGGAUCAUGUUGUUACAGGUGGAUUGGAUUGCUGUUUGAAAGUAUGGGAUUUAGUUGAAUUAAUAGUAACAUAUUCGUUUGGCUAUGCACAAACUGAUGUAAUCACUUGUGUUCAUGUACAACCCCAAAGUACUACAACAUUUGCAUCUACAUCAUUAGAUGGCGAAGCAUUAAUGUGGGACAUACGACAGUCAAAACCUGCACACAGUAUAUUGAAAAAAAAUGCUGGUUUAACUGCAGUAAAUUGGAAAUCCACUUCAGAUCAUGUGUUAGCACUAGGUACAGAUGAAGGAGCAAUUAUGUUAGUUGAUACUAGAAAUUCAGGUCCUUCAUCAGUAUUAGAGGAAACGUGUGUAUUCCCUAGAUCGAUACAUAGACUUUUGUUUAAUCCAAAUCCAGAGAGGUCUGACGAAUUAGCAGGUUGUUGUGAUGGUACUAUGGUGCAAGUACUUGAUACAAACAACAAGUUUUCAUCAAUAUAUAAAGAUGAUUUGCGCCAUAAAGACUUUGUUCGCGGUUUAACGUGGUUUAACGACGAAUUACAUACUUGUUCUUGGGAUAAUACAGUGUUCAAACAUACAAUACAUCCAGUUAAAAAUGAGUAAUGUUUGUUAAUAUAUUUAUAAUUUGAACUCAUUUAUUUGUAAGCUAAUAUUAAAUAUCAUUUCUAUACAUAAAAAU